GCAGGCGUUGAGGAGGGAACCAAAGGAUUGGUAGCUCGACAGCUAGAGGGAGGCUGUUUGUUGAAGAUGACCCUGAUCGCUAGCACUCCCGAUGGCGAGCAUGUUGCUUGCAAGUUGCAACCGUGUCAACGGCAGCCACCGGCGGAUUUCCGGGGGAGUUGGCGCGAGGCGUUAGGGGGGGGGCAGACCCAGCGGCUAGAAAGGCUAGAAAGCGGCGAGAAGCCGGAUGGAUGCAGCCUAACGGGGGGACGGAAGGGGAUGGGAUCGUUCUAG